UUCUAUAAAUUAAGCACAAAGCGGACUAGCAUGUAUGCAACCAGUAAUAUCAUCAUCCUCAGAAUCAGAAGUGAUCGAGAGGUAUUGUAGUAGUGAUGAAGUACCUCAUCGUCAUCAUGCUAGCAAUGCUAGUAACUGUAGGCAAUCUUUGGGGAUUUGAUGUGGGGGUUGAUGGGGCUGGGGAGUGUGGAAGCAACCCGGAGGUUAUGGUAUACAAGCUUGCUUCAUGUGGACCAGCAGCACAAGAUGGGAGCAUCGCGGUUUCUCCCAAGUGUUGCUCGUUGGUGAAACGCGUCGACAAACGUUGUCUUUGUGCCAUUGUGCUCUCUAAAGAGCUUCAGAGUCGUGGCCUCAACCCAGCAAUCGCAGUCACCAUACCUAAACGUUGUAAGGAUUCCAGACGUCCCAAGGGUUACAAGUGCGGAGCUUAUACGGUGCCUUGAUCGAUUACGAAGACCCAAGACGAUGGUCCCAUAUAUAGCUGUGGAAUUCUCAUGUUGCUUUCACAUCAUCUAAUGUUUAAAUAUAUUAGUCUUCAUACGUCAAUAUUAUUACUGGUCUUCAUGCAUGUACUGUUUUUCAAGAUAAAAGCACUACUAAAGUGCUACUUCAAUAGUUCAAUCCAUUAUUAUUACUGGUCUUCAUGCAUGUACUGUUUUUCAAGAUAAAAGCACUACUAAAGUGCUACUUCAAUAGUUCAAUCCAUUAUUAUUA